AGCAUCCACCUCUGCGCGUUCCCCUAUCCCGCACUUGAAAUGGCAGCCAACGGGUAAUAGACUAUUAUCCGGUUUGUUCGUAUUCGUUGUAAUAUCAUCCAGAAAGCAUUCCGAUAAUGGACAUUGAUCAGCGCGGAGAAAGUACAGUUUCAGACGCUGCAUCUGAGAACGUAGCACCAGUUCCUAAAAAGCCCGGCAAUAACAAUGACGGUGGUGUGGAAACUGCAGAGGAGGCCACUGAACCUGCUGAGCCCAACAUCGAUGAGCUCUGUAGGGACAUGUUUGACAAAAUGGGUGUAUUUCUUCAAGGAGAACUCACAGCUACUUGUGAAGACUACAAACUCCUGGAAAACAUGAACAAACUCACCAGUCUGAAAUAUAUGGAAAUGAAAGACAUAUCUAUAAACAUCAGUCGCAACCUGCAGGAUCUUAAUCAGAAAUAUGCCAGCUUGCAGCCUUACCUGGACCAGAUCAACCAAAUUGAAGAGCAAGUGACUGCUCUGGAACAAGCGGCGUACAGGCUGGACACCUACUCCAAAAAGCUGGAGGCCAAGUUCAAGAAGCUUGAGAAGCGAUGAAAAGUGGGUGGGUCCAGCUGCAUGGAUUUGCUAGUGCCGCGAGAUUGCCAGUGGCUGGGCCAGUCCGUCCUGGAUGCUGACCCCAUGCAGUGCAAGAUGAUGUCUGGAGAACGACGAAGGGGUUGGAAAAUGAACUUGGGACCUUAGCGAAUGAACAAAUUAACUAAAGCUGAACUGAGUGAAAAUCUGACAUCAUCAAUGAUGCCUUCAGUAGAUGUCUUCUUGACACCACAAGGAAGCUGCUUCUAGCUUUGGUGAACUGCAGAUGUUGAAAAGUUCUACCGCAUCUUGCACCAGCUUGUCUCAGAGUCUGCACUUGUUUUUAACCAUGUUCUUCACAAAUUGCUGUUGUCAAACUGCAUGAACCGUAGAUGCAUCACUAACAAACUCUUGCAAUAGCAGAAUGAUUGUGAUUUCCCUUUAUUGCCCUGGAACAGAAUUUCAUUAUCCAUGUGUUGCGUUUUGUCACUCUGGUGUCCAGCCAAUUACAGUGUUUCGUCCCAACCCUUAAUUUCUCAAUUGGAUACAUUUUCUGGCCUCAGUUGUUCCUUUGCAUUAAUUUGAAAUACUGAGGGAAUUGGCUAUUUCCUAUGUUGACAACAGGUUAGUGAUUCCUUGUUCUUAAGCACUGCUGAGAAUAAUUACUGUACAAAUUGAUCCAACACAUUUUUAAAACCAAUAUAUUUGUAUGCAUACCCUUAGAAACAUGAAGCUUUUAUAUACAUAGGCAGCCAGACUGAAUACCUGAUUAUGUAAAACAUAAAAAGCGUGAUUUGUGUGCAUUCUUGCAAAAUCAAUGGAAAACAAUAAAUGUGGUAGAUUUUUAACCAACCAACAGA